UGGAGUUAAACUUCUCCAUUUUCUUUGAAUUUAAGUUGAGUUAGUCUACUUACUGUAAUAUUCACUUAUGAUAGAUGGAAGCUAAUAUUGACUCAAAGAUGUGGACUGACCCAAUAGUUAAAGCUUUGAUAGACAUUUUAGUUGAAGAAGUCCAAAAAGGAAAUAUGCCAAAUGGUGUAUUUCACUCUAGAACAUGGACUUCCAUGACUGCAAGGUUGAAUUCUGUAACCAAUUGUUCAUUCAAUGUUAAGCAACUAAAACAAAAGGUGAAUCGACUGCGGAGUAUGCAUCGUGAGUUCACUUUAUUACUGAAACACACUGGAUUUGGGUGGAGUGCAGAAACAAACACUGUUACUGCAAGUGAAGAAGUUUGGCAAAACUAUCUUCAGGCACAUGAAAAGGCUGCUCAAUUUCGAAAGAAAGGAUGUGACCACUAUAAGCUGUUGGGAAUCAUAUUCAACAGAAGUACUGCAACUGGAGUACUCUAUCACUCUUCUACCUAAGACCCACCAAAUAAUGAUGAAGAAAAUGAACUGGAAAAUCAAUAUCUUAACAGUGGGGUUCAUAGAGAUGAUAAGGAUAGUUCAGAUGAUGACAUUCAAGAGGUGGAGCAUAUCACACAAAGUGGAAAACGCAUAAUUCGAACAAAAGAGAGCAAGUCUAAGAAAGAGUCUAGAAAAUAUCAAAUGGCAGAAGCACUUACAGCAUGGGCUGAAGCUUCUAAGGCAAGAGCAGAAAAAUAUAAGGGUGGUAAGAGUGUGGAGGCUAAUUCUGAAUAUACUGCAGCUAAAUGUGUCAUUGCUCUUGAGGAGAUUGAAGGCAUUUGAGCUGACAUAUUUGUCAAAGCUUUGGAAAAAUUUAGGGAAUAUGAUUGGAGGGAAAUGUUUCUUACCAUGUCUGUUGAUGGGAAAAGGAAAUGGUUAGAUAUGCUUUAAAAACAUAUUUGUUGAUCAAUUAGGAAGGAAUCUCUAGUAACAUAGUACCAUAGGCUAUAGUCAUGCGGAUUAUGUGUUACCCAUGCAAGUAUUGUCAUUUUCUUUUCUUUUUUCCCCUUUAAAUGUUAGGUUCAGAACUUGCAAGCUUAUAUGUUUACACACACAUGCCCCUUUUAUAUGAAAAACUAGCCAUGCAAUUAUCAAUUAGUUGGUGUGUAGGAAUGAUCAUUUGAAAUUGAAUAGUGUUAUAUGUGUUUGUAAAGUUGAUUUUGUUCUUUUUAAAAUUGUAUGACAGGUUAUAAAUAGAAUGGAUGUUGAUAAAAUGUCAAAGGAAAGUGAUGAAUAUGCUUCUGAAUCAAGUAAUGAUGACUUGCCUGAGUUAUUGAUAAUUGAUAUGAUUUAUGAUUAUGACAAGGACUUUUUAAAUAAAACAAAGGUUCGAACAUCUACAUUAUCUGGUCAUGACUUUGUUGCUGAGGUAUCAAAUGGAUUUGAAACAACUUGCUUUGACUUGUUUCGAAUGGAGAAGAUAUGUUUUAUUAACUUUUGUAAUGAAUUGAGGGGGAAGAGCUUCUUAACAGACUCAAGAGGUGUGCUUAUAGAGGAAAAGUUGCAAUGUUUUUAUUCAUAAUUGGUCAUAAUGUUCGUCACAGAGUUAUUGCAGAUCGUUUCCAACAUUCAACAGAAACAAUUUCUCAUUGCUUCAAAGAAGUGUUAAGAGCAGUAUGUCAACUAGGAAAAGAGUUGAUAAAACAAGAAUCCUUGGAAUUGCCCAACAAAAUUAAAACCAAUGGAAAAUACUAUCCUUGGUUUAAGGUAUGGAAUUUUUCAUAUAUAAUAUCAUGUAUAUGUUAGAAGUAAUGUAUUUUUUUUGUUUGGGUUUUGUUGUAGAAUUGUUUGGGUGCAAUUGAUGGCACACAUAUUAGUGCAUGUGUCCCUGCUGAUAAGCAAAUUUCAUGUCGAGGUAGAAAGUCAACAGUUACGCAAAAUGUCAUGUGCGCUUGUGAUUUCAAUAUGAUGUUUACACGUGUAUUUAGGAUGGGAAAGAAGUGCACAUGAUGCAAAAGUUUUUAUGGAUGCACUUACCAAUCCAAAUGCACAUUUUCCUUGGCCGUCUAGAGGUGAGCACUAGUAUUAUAAUUUUGUUUUGCUUUGAAUAAAUAUUUAAAUUUUAAUUUAACAUAUUUUAUAUUGACUUAGAUUUUUUCUAUCUUGUUGAUUCUGGCUAUCCAUGCACUGGAGGUUUUCUUCCCCCUUAUAAGGGUGAAAGGUAUCAUGCGCAAGAAUAUAGAGGCGAAGCUAGACAGCCCAAAAGUCGGGAGGAAUUAUUUAAUUAUAGGCACUCAUCUUUGAGAAUGACAAUUGAGCGUUGCUUUGGAGUUCUAAAAAACAGAUUUCCUAUUUUGAAGUUGAUGCCUCCAUAUAAACCUACUAGGCAGCGAUUAAUAGUUAUUGCAUGUUGUACAAUUCACAAUUAUAUACACAAAUGGAAUUUGUGUGAUGAUUUGUUUAGGAUUUGGGAAGAAAAGGAUAUAGAGAUAGAUGUUAUGAAUGAAGCUCCUCAUGAGAUAGGGGGAACGAGCUCAAAUGAUAAUAUCUUGUUGAGAUUAUCUGAUCAAGGCGCAGCAGAUAUGGCAAUGUAUAGAGAUCAUCUUGCAAAUAGGAUGUGGGCACAACAUAACUAAUAGAUUAG